AUGACUACACUGGCUGCAGGCGCUGCUGUCAAGGCCGUAGUGCCUUUCCUCGAACUCAAAAACAGCCCCGAGUCAAGGGCAAGGAGAGGGGCUAGGCAUAAGGUUAGUAGUGUGGUUAAGGUUAGGGCUAGGCAUAAGGUUAGUAGUGUGGUUAAUGUUAGGGCUAGGCAUAAGGUUAGCAGUGUGGUUAAUGUUAGGGCUAGGCAUAAGGUUAGUAGUGUGGUUAAGGUUAGGGCUAGGCAUAAGGUUAGUAGUGUGGUUAAUGUUAGGGCUAGGCAUAAGUUAAGCAGUGUGGUUAAUGUUAGGGCUAGGCAUAAGGUUAGCAGUGUGGUUAAUGUUAGGGCUAGGCAUAAGGUUAGUAGUGUGGUUAAGGUUAGGGCUAGGCAUAAGGUUAGUAGUGUGGUUAAUGUUAGGGCUAGGCAUAAGUUAAGCAGUGUGGUUAAUGUUAGGGCUAGGCAUAAGGUUAGCAGUGUGGUUAAUGUUAGGGCUAGGCAUAAGGUUAGUAGUGUGGUUAAGGUUAGGGCUAGGCAUAAGGUUAGUAGUGUGGUUAAUGUUAGGGCUAGGCAUAAGUUAAGCAGUGUGGUUAAUGUUAGGGCUAGGCAUAAGGUUAGCAGUGUGGUUAAUGUUAGGGCUAGGCAUAAGUUAAGCAGUGUGGUUAAUGUUAGGGCUAGGCAUAAGGUUAGCAGUGUGGUUAAUGUUAGGGCUAGGCAUAAGGUUAGCAGUGUGGUUAAUGUUAGGGCUAGGCAUAAGUUAAGCAGUGUGGUUAAUGUUAGGGCUAGGCAUAAGGUUAGCAGUGUGGUUAAUGUUAGGGCUAGGCAUAAGGUUAGCAGUGUGGUUAAUGUUAGGGCUAGGCAUAAGGUUAGCAGUGUGGUUAAUGUUAGGGCUAGGCAUAAGGUUAGCAGUGUGGUUAAUGUUAGGGCUAGGCAUAAGGUUAGCAGUGUGGUUAAUGUUAGGGUUGGUUUCAAAUCUGAUUUUAAGAAGAGACAAUUGUAGAAAUAGGCCAGGUGUAUGACUUUGUGUCAACUAGUAACGACUGAAAACUCUGACGUAGGUCUAAUAAGAUGAGAAUUAGUGAUCUGUGGAGCAUCAAGACCACUAGUGUGUUGAAGUU